AUGAGCAAGCCAAAAAUUGGAAUCAACGGUUUUGGACGUAUUGGACGUUUGGUGUUGCGUGCCGCUGUUGAAAAGGACACCGUGUCGGUCGUUUCCGUGAACGAUCCUUUCAUCAACAUUGACUACAUGGUGUACCUCUUCAAUUACGAUUCCACUCAUGGUCGCUUUAAGGGAAGUGUUAGUCAUCAGGGUGAUUAUCUGAUUGUGAGCAAGGAAGGCAAAAGUACACACAAGAUCAAGGUCCAUAACAGCAAGGAUCCAGCGGAGAUACCAUGGGGAGCUGAUGGAGCUGAAUUCAUUGUUGAGUCAACUGGUGUGUUCACAACAAUCGAUAAAGCGUCAGCCCAUCUAAAGGGUGGUGCAAAGAAGGUGGUCAUCUCGGCUCCAUCUGCUGAUGCACCAAUGUUUGUUAUGGGAGUGAACCAUGAAUCCUACAAUGCUGCUAACAAUCACAUUAUUAGCAACGCUUCGUGCACCACCAACUGCUUAGCUCCGCUAGCUAAGGUUAUAAACGACAAUUUUGGUAUAGUGGAAGGUCUGAUGACCACUGUUCACGCCACCACGGCCACCCAAAAGACCGUCGAUGGACCGUCUGGAAAACUGUGGCGUGAUGGUCGCGGUGCUUCGCAAAAUAUCAUUCCAGCUGCAACUGGUGCUGCGAAGGCGGUUGGGAAAGUUAUUCCUGCACUGAAUGGCAAGCUCACUGGUAUGGCGUUCCGUGUGCCGACACCAGAUGUUUCGGUUGUUGAUCUUACCUGCCGUCUUGAGAAACCAGCUACCAUGGAUGACAUAAAGAAGGUCAUCAAGCAAGCUGCUGAUGGACCAAUGAAGGGCAUCCUAGGCUACACUGAGGACCAAGUUGUCUCGACUGACUUCGUGUCGGACACUCGCUCUUCAAUUUUCGACGCAGAUGCGUGUAUAUCUCUCAAUCCGAACUUCGUGAAGCUUAUUUCAUGGUACGACAACGAGUAUGGGUACUCACAUCGCGUCGUCGACCUACUAGCUUAUAUCGCCACUAAAGCCUAA